AACCAGAAUAAAAACAAAAAAACAAAAAAAAACUUGUUCAAAGCUAAAUCCCUAGAUCUGAAAAAUAUCUCUGGAACCCUAGCAGUCGCUCUUGUCUACUUAUUACCAUGGACGAAUCCGCCAUCAAAGGUCUGAAUUUGCUGGAAUUGAACGAUAGUGGUGACGAUAGUGGUGACGAUAGUGGUGACGAUAGUGGUGACGAUAGUGGUGCAGACUCUCAAACUCCCCGUAUCUCCAGCACGACGGUUUCCGUUGAGGGAUAUGACACUUGGCUUCGAAAGUAUCCUCUCAAACUCGUGUUGGAAAAACAUUUCGCUUCAUGCGGAGAGAUCACAAAUAUUUAUGUACCCACAGACUUUGAAAGGGGUAUCCUCAAGAGUGUUGCCUUCAUGAGGAUCGAGGGAGAAGGUGCCGAAGAAAAGGCAUUGCAACUUAGUGGAACUGACGUCGGAGGAUGGACUGCUAUCGUUAAGCCUGCACCGUCGCAGAAAGUAUUCAUGGAUGAUCCUUGGUAUGCUGGUCCUAGGUGUGCUGCUGCUCCCGCCGAUACCAAAACACACAGGAUCCGCGUUACCGGAUAUGACACUUCGCUUCCUGAGAUUGAUAUGCAGAUCGCGCUGUGUAAACAUUUCUCCUCAUGUGGAUACGUCUCGAAAGUUAUAGUUCUCUCUAGCGGUGCAGCUUUCCUGUGUCUUAAAGGAGAAAGAUGUGUAGACAAGGCGCUGGAACUAAGUCGAUGUAACAUGGGAGGAAGGACUCUUGUAGUUGAACCUGUUGUGCCGCGACCCGAUAUCCUAAAAAAAAGAAGGCCGCUCGCCUGCACUACUACUGGCUACACUCUCCCAAGUAUUUUACUUGAGGAAGCUAAGAAGGAGAAGGAGACGGAGAAGGAGACAGAGAAGGAGAAGGAGAAGGAGAAGGAGAAGAAGAAGAAGAAGAAGAAGAAGGUGGAGAUGGAGAUGAAGAAGAAGAAGAUGAUGAUGGAGAUGGAGAAGAAAAAGACGAUGCACAAGAUGAAGACUAAGAUGAAUAUGUACAUGGAGAAGUAGAAGGCUCUCUCUUCUCUCUUAGGAGAAGAGAAACCUCUUUGGUGUUCAUAACUGUGAUAAUGCUACCUUUAUUUUCUCUUAAUUACUUCGGCUUUUCUUUUGUUUUUGUCUGCAUGUUAAAAGUAAGCUUAUUCAUCAUCACCCAUGCAUGUAUGAUAUGUCUUUCUCUGGAUGUUUAAAAAAUAGUACGCGCAGUAACGUUAUAUGCUUUCAGUGUUACAAUGCAACAUUUAUUUUCUUCUA